ACCGUUCCUUCCCUCGCCAGAAGACGAGAAAGCGCGGCCGUAGAUCCUUAGAAGGAAUUUUCACCGUUGAUUGAGAAGGAAGGAGAUCUGUGCCGGCCACCGCCACUGACUUCUGGUCUGCGGUCGCUCGCCCUUGCCGGCUCUCUCUUGCUCUCGCUCGCCCUCGCUGGCUGCCUCUCGCCCUAGCUCUCCCUCGCUGCCUCUCUCUCCGGCUCUCGCUCUCGCGCGCCCUCGCUCUCUGCCUGACUGCCUCUCUCUUGCUCUUGCUCGCCCUCGCCCCCACGCUCGCUCGGCCUGUCGGCCUCGGCGCCUCGCCCUCUUGCUCGCUGCCCUGCCUCUGAUUCAGGUCUUCGUUUUACACCCCCCCCCCCCAAACUUCCAUAUUUGCCUCAUUCGAGCCCAGCCCCCCCAACCUAAAUUCCUGGAUCCGCCCUUGGAUGGGAACUCGAGAAGUGUACGAAGAGAAGCUAAGAUCCGGAAACUUGCACCAUGAUCCCACAAUCAACCCGGGGUUGGGCUCUGCUCGGUGCCCUCGUUGCCUCUCGCUUUUAAACCCUAACUCCGAGCAAGGCGAAUGGACCAUUACUUCUGUUCUACAUGACGCUACGGCUGUGGCUGGAUCUGGCAUUGGUGGAAUGCUUAGUGCAAUUCAUGGUUUUAAUACAGGGAUCCCAUAUGUUCAGAAACAUGUUAAGGGACCAAAGUGGCUUCAUUUUCUUAUUGGGGUUCCUCCACUGCUAAUGUUCUCUGCUGCAAGUGCUUCAUUUGGAGGUUAUGCUCUUCCUAAGUUUGCUCAACUCACCGUGACAUCAUAUUAUGCCGCUUCAAGUGCCUCGCAUUACGGCGUUUCGUUGCUCACCCGGUACGUCGAAGAGUCCUACACUUAAGCGCUCAGCAGGAAAGACUCCGGUGACGAACUAGUACCUGCAAACUUGAGAAUUCCGUCGCGGUGCGUGCUUCCAAUUUUGUCAUUUAACCACGUAUAUAUCUCUAUGGCAGUGGCAGAUGAGUGAUGUUGCAAGCAAAGGGUCAACUUUUACAUUUUAACUGAUAAUAAAAUUGUUUUCACAAAACAUCGUUUGGAUGUUCGAACUCCUCAUCGAGGAGGGUCACACAUAAAUAGUUUUUAUUUUACUUUGGAAAUGAUAAAAAGUUUUUGGCAUCCCUUGGAACCAAACAUUGGAUGGGACUACUUGUUCGUGCAACCAAACAGAAGAAGCACUAGGAGAAGAUCCAAAUUGUUCACAUGAGGAGGCAGCUAUAUAUAUAUAUGUAUAUGUAUAUGUACGUGUGUGUGUGUGUUAAGAAGAGAAAGCAUAUUGGGGCCCAGGGCCCACAGCCCAAAGUGUGAACCUCGUUUGGAUACUUUUUUAAAUCGAGCACUGUUCACUGAUGUUGCCCCCACUGCUUCUGAUAAUGUGGUCCUAAUGAUAAUGUGUGUACUCUUCUUACCUCCUUA